AGAAACGCGGUCGUGGGUCGGAAAUUUCUCAUUGCGACAGUAUUUCAUACUGGGUUAUAAAAUUAGUGCCGUGAUUUCCACAUUUACCUGGAGUGCAGUACAUGCCGAAAACCGAAUAGCAGUUUGAAAUAUUAGACGGGUGACGGUUUGAACUGGAAGCGGUGUGUACUUAACCAUUGUGUUCAAUGGGUAAUGAAUAGUGCAUGAUUUUAAAUUGGCACAAAGCAGAGAGUAUGACGAAGCUAUCUAACUUUAGAAAAGGUGAAUGACCUCUAACCGAAGGAAAAAAGAACGGAGACAGUUUGUUUUGCUGUGAAGCGAAGCAAAGUGUAACAAGUGAUAAUUAAUCGAAUUUGACUGUAAUCGUUCGGUCGGUGUCGAGUCGGAAGUAUCGUUAGGCCUAUGUUCAGGGGACGGUGCAGGUUUGGCGCUCUGCUUUAAUUGAGUUAGUGAACUCUGGUGAUAUCUGCGUAAUGUUUUGCUAGAAUAUUAAACGCUUCUGAUAACUGACGGUAACAUUCGACGAUUAAUUACUGCUUUGCUACUCGACACCAGUAAUCUAGUUGAUGGGAUUGUUCCUGAAUCAACGAUAUUAAAUCAAAAGGCAUAUAUUACCACGCAAAAAAUAAUAAUCCUCCAAGUUGACACGUUUAUAUUGCUAAAGUAAACAAAGUUGUGCCGUUCUUCUGUUUGCUACCUGUGGAUGAUACCCGGCUAAGGUGGAUAACGACCGGCGAAAGCAGCAUUCAAAAGCGCCGGCGGAAUGUCAUAAUAACAAGCGGAAAUCGACGCAAGAAGUCGUAGCGGAAACAGUAGCAGCACCGGCACUCCCAGCAUUACCAUCACCAUUAGGCGCACAAGCAGCUUCACCUACGGCUACAGCACCAGCAUCGGCAAAAGUUGCCAUCACACAGCUGAAGUCAUUAACCACUUGCACAACUACUACGACUACCACCACUAGUACCCAGCUGGUAGCUUCCAGGGGAAUAUGCACUUUGAAAGUGAAGAUAUUUCUCAUCAAGCAUCUCUCUAAGUUGGUAGCGUGCAACAAAAAGAUGUUUCUUCCGGUUAAAUCGAAUACCUCUCCUGUAGCAGCCGACGGAACUAAUGGGGAAGAUGUCACAACCGUAACGAGCAACUCGACGCAAACACCGAGUGACCUCAGCCCACCAAACAUAUCCAGUGAUGACAUGCUGCCACAGGCUUACCACCAGAAUCCUGGCCACUGCAUAGCGUCAUUUUCCGCCAUCAGCCGCAUGCGGCACAACGCUCAGCUCUGUGACGUAACGCUGGAAGUCGGAGGUGAAACCAUAAAUGCACAUAAGGUCAUACUGGCGUCCGUUUCACCCUAUUUCUAUGCUAUGUUUAACGAUGACAUGCUAGAAAGGAAUCGAGAUGUUGUCACUCUGCAUGAUAUCGAUCCAUCAUCGUUGAAGCAACUCAUCGACUAUGCGUACAGCGGGGAAAUAACCAUCACCGAGGAAAACGUGCAGGUUCUGCUACCAGCAUCCAGCUUGCUGCAAAUCCAAUCAGUUCGGGAGGCCUGUUGCAAAUUUUUACUUCGCCAGUUGCACCCUUCGAAUUGCCUGGGGAUUCGUAGUUUCGCCGAUGCCCAUUCAUGCAAGGAACUUCACUCACGUUCCCAUCGUUAUGCGCUACAAAACUUUCAACAAGUUGUCGGCACGGAGGAAUUUUUAUUACUAGGAUUUAGUGAGGUUCAGGAUCUCAUCUCCAACAGUCAGCUAAAUAUCUGCUCCGAGGAGAAAGUUUUCAUGGCGGUCUUGAACUGGAUCAAACAUGAUCUGAAUGAACGCAAGAAGCACAUCUCGGAGUUGAUGUCUCACGUGCGAUUGCCGCUGGUUAACCGUGAGUUCCUCAUGAGCUGCGUUGAAACCGAACCACUGGUACGAGAGGAUUUCCAGUGCAAGGAACUGCUGCUGGAAGCGAUGAAAUAUCACCUACUGCCGGAGCAGCGCAGUUCACUCGUAACACAGCGAACCCUGGAACGACGGCCCGAGGGAAUGCGGCAGUACCUGUUUGCCGUCGGAGGUGGCAGUUUGUUCGCCAUUCAUAACGAAUGCGAGUGCUACAAUCCAAAGACCAAUGCCUGGAUGACUAUUUCGCCCAUGAUUUCACGAAGGUCGAGGGCGGGUGUUGCUGCGCUCCGAAAGUUGCUAUAUGUGGUGGGCGGAUAUGAUGGAGAAAACGACCUGGCUUCGGCUGAGUGCUACAAUCCCCUUACGAACGAAUGGUGCAACAUAACGCCGAUGGGCACGAAGCGAUCGUGUUUGGGGACGUGUGCUUUCGAUGGUUUACUGUACGUAUGUGGUGGCUACGAUGGUGCUUCGUGCCUGGCCAGCGUGGAACGAUUCGAUCCACUAACUGCGGUCUGGACAUCAUGCCCGGCAAUGAACACCAGACGAAGGUACUGCCGGGUUGCUGUUAUGGACAAUUGUAUCUAUGCUCUGGGAGGAUUCGAUUCUAGCAACUAUCAGUCUUCGGUGGAACGGUUCGAUCCUCGAGUUGGCAGCUGGACUGCAGUGCCUAGUAUGACUUCCAGGAGGAGUAGUUGCGGAGUUGCUGCCCUGGAUGGUUACUUGUAUUGUAUAGGCGGUAGCGAUGGUACGAUGUGCAUGCAAACGGGGGAAAGAUUCAAUUUGAGAGCCAACAGUUGGGAGCCGAUAAGUCCUAUGCAUUCCAGAAGAUCUACUCAUGAGGUCGUCGAAGCCAACGGGUAUCUCUACGCACUCGGUGGUAAUGAUGGUUCUUCCUCACUCAACUCGGUUGAACGUUAUGAACCCAAGCUCAACAAAUGGACAAUCGUCACCUCGAUGCUUACUCGACGUAGUUCAAUCGGGGCUUCGGUGUUAGAAUGUUUCAAUCUGGAGCGUGGAUUACUCCAAACCAGUAUAUGACCGCUCGGCGUUUAUUCCAGUGACACAAACGGAGGCGUUUCCAGCAAUAACACAAAUGCAGCCGGAAAUGGGUCUCAGUAGGUUGAAUGCAGAUCAUAGAAAUACAGUCUAAGUAGCUAAGUAGUUUGGAUAGCAUCCUUUUCUUGAAAUAGUAAAAAUUAUAUAGCUAGCUAAAAGUAAUAGAUGUCACAAUUGCCGCAGUGUCAUACUUGUUCGGUUUUCUGGUAAUUAGAAUCUGUAGAAGAUUUGUAAGAGCGUGACAGGCGAUAUCAGUAGAAAUUCUUCAUUUUCGGAUCUAAAUGAUUUUCGAGAAUUCUUAAGCAGAAAAAACAUAGGUACCAUUUGUUAUCGUUUAAAAAAUUCGUGUUUUUUUAUAAACCAUAAUUUUGAAAACUGUCGUUGCGAAAGAUGAUGAGAUUUUCUCUUCAAGCUAAAAUGUUUACCUUUCUUUUAUUCCACACCAAAAAAUAUCUAUUUUAUUUAGUAUAAUUAUUGUUUUCCGACAGAAACAAUUGUUUUAGAACUGUGUUUUGUAACAACGUUGAAUGUUUUGGAAAUGUAUAUUUAAUUAUAUUAAAAUAAUGCAUAGCAGGAAUCAAGUAUAUUCCAUAAUAUAGAAUCAUCACGCAAGCCUAGCACUGCCAGUUCACGAGAGUGGGUCAUUUCGCCGAAGACUGUUUCGCAGAAGAUCAUUUCACAAGUGGACUGGUUUACCGAAACUCAUAUAGCUAAAAUUAUAAAAUCGUUCAACGCAUAUCUACAGUAAAGAGUAGUUGUGCUGAACACAACGCACCAUGAAAAAAAUAUUUUUUUUUGCCAACUUCGAUUUUCACUUAAAACUAUUCCGUUAUGUUGAUGAUUUUUGAAUUUCUAGACUUGACUAUUCCCGCUUAAUUGAAUUCGGAACCUGUUAUUGUUGUGCAACUGCCACACAAUGGAGUAUACAAAAAACACGAGACGACUAUUAGGCAUUAGGUCUCUGACGGAAUUCUGUUUUAUAUUCUUACGUGACUGCGCAUUCAUUCGAUCUCUGCGUUCUGGAAAGAAAAAAUAGCAAUCGAACUUCCCUGAAUGAAUCAAUCAUAAUAUAAUUAAAUCUCAGCUAGAAACUUUGUAUUACAAUGCAAAAAAAAAUAAAUUCAGCGAAACAAUACUUUUGGCGCAAUGACCCAUUUAGUUUUAUCUAAAAUAAUUGACGAAUUGACUCUAGUAUAUUCCAUAGUUUAGAAUCAUCACGAAAGUCUAGCCGUACCAGGUCAAAGUCGAUUUCUUAAUCAUAUAACACCUACUUGGCACAAUCAUUUAGCUUCAUCUCUAAUCCAAUCAAUCUGCAUUCCAUCUGCUUUAAAUCUCUAAAUUCCCACUUACUAUAUCUGUGAUAAUCAUCUUUAUUGUCUACCUGAACGUAUCCUCAUGAUUCCGCAAUGUCAAGCCUUCAAUAUUAAACUCAAAUGCAUCAAAAGCCUACUUCUCACACACUUUUCUAAUAGUUAAUCGAUCUAAUAUUCAUCACGCAGAAACAGACAGAAAUCGCCUCCAUAGAAAACUUAAAGCCUUACAAUCUAUGGUAUAUCAUAAUGAUACAAACAAGGAAUAUAUAUCUUUGUGGUCCAAAACAAUACAAAGGCUACUUUUGAAUAAAGAUUUUUCAUUGCAUAUGCAUCAUAAACAAAAACAUAUAUCAAACAUCGAAAAAAGGUUUUCAAAGAAGGCACCCUUUAAGGAAGCAUGAAACGAUCCAAAAUUACAAAUAAAAAUAAACUAAAUUAUAAACAAUUUCGCUUAAGCACAGCUUAUAGAAGCAAACAGAAACAAAUAGCAGGUUAGUUUAGUUACGCUGAAAAACAAUACAUUACAGAAUAAAACAAGUGAAUUAAUGAAGCAUACUCACUCUCACACCAAUAUAUAGAGAACUGAGCAAUAUGAAACCAAUACACUGCCAUUAUCCUUUGGUGUACAACGCAAGCAAACUGAUGUAAUUUACCACCUUCGAAGGGACUGACAUAAAAUAAAGUUUACAUACUACAAAGCGCAACAUUGCGAUACACAAUUGAUACAAGUAAAAAUGCAGGCGAAUUCUCAUAACAAACCCAAAUAGUCUACAAUAGGGAACAAAGUUUACAUACUGUACGGUAUUGAACAGUUACAAACAACAAACAAACACAGUUUACUCGAACUACAAAAUAACCACCAACUGCAUUCCGCCGAGAUUAUUCCAGGCUAAUAUUCUGUAUUUCAAAAUAUUCUGUUACUGACAGCUUAAAAUAAAUUUAUGGAUUACUCCAGA